CUUCGGAUUCGGAUCUGUCACGCAAACAGCAGCACCAAAGCAGCGAUCUAAAUCCACGAGUGGACGAAUAGUUCCAUGUGAAGUCUUCAAGAGACUGCAAGCAGAGAUUUGGAUGUGGUGGCAGGUUUAAAGGUUCCAGUUGUGUUUAGCGUUAUUUUUACUCAACACGCCGGUUCCACGAGUUCUUUCGAUUUGUGUUUGUGGUGCUGUUUUUGUCAUUCAUUCUUCUAAACUACUUACUUACCAUUGAUAAGAUAACAAGUGCAGUGAUCUGUGUGCUCCAUAAUAAGUUCAGCUGAUUCCUCCCCAAAACAUUGUGCAGUGCGCAUCAGAGAGAAGUUAUUCCACAUUGCAUGGUCGUCAUUCCGAUGGGAAACUGGACGUAGUGAUAGCGACCAGAACACGAUGGUCGAAUAGCCGAGAAACAGAUCGCUUGUGGAGAAUCCUGAUAUUAUUAGAAGUCGUGUGUAUUCAAUGGUCAAUCUAAGUUACACCCCGUUGUAUUUUGAAUGAAAUUGUGCAGACGGAUUUAACAAUCUUAAGUUAACCAUCAUUUGAAAGUGUGAAGCGGAAAAGGAAGUGCUAGGAGAAGGCAAAGAUGGGGAACAUUGAAGUCAACAAAAAGUUGCUCCCGAUGAAGGCGCAUUAUUUCUUGUUCAAUGCAGGUACUGCGCCAGUCGUACCCUUCAUGCCAACACUGGUUCGCCAGCUAGGCUUCUCGACGGUCAUCGUGGGGACAAUCUAUACCGUACUACCAAUCGUCGGCAUGCUGGUUAAGCCGCUGUUCGGUAUAAUUGCCGAUCGGUUUCAGCGCCAAAAGCUACUGUUCCUACUUUUUCAGAUCCUUUCCGCUGUACCGUUUUUCCUCAUCAUGUUCAUUCCAGCGAUUCCUCAGGAGUCGACAGUAUCGUUCCACUGUCACGAAGGCGUUUCCAAUCUUCGAUAUUGUCCCCCGAAUGGUACAACUCUGGAUGACUGCCUGACAGAUCGGAUUGUCAAUGACCCCACAAGCAACUCAACUCUUCUGAGCUGCCAGAUGGAUUGUAAAACGGAGCCAUGGAUGUGGGACACAAUCUGUAACUAUUGGAAAGUGGAAAAGUAUUGCGACCCUCAAAACAUACCCACCGAUAAUCGCUUACGAAUGACGAGUUUUGUACCGAUGAAUCAUAUCGAACUUGUCGAUAACUGCCUAUUUUUUAUGCUCAAAUCAGCCGAACUGGACAGCAACAAUGUGCCUUUGUAUUGCCCGGCUAAUACGACCGAUUUCAGGACCAGCUGCCAGGUGAAGUGCAACAAUUCCGAGAUUAUGGAAGCUGUAACCCAAUCGAAGAUUCCCGACAGCGAGGCAAAAGGACUGUACCAGUUUUGGUUGCUAUUUUUAUUCCUGAUACUCAGUUGGGCCGGUAUGGCCGUAGUAGUUAGUGUAGGCGAUGCGAUAUGUUUCGACAUGCUAGGCGACAGGCCUCAUCUAUAUGGUAACCAAAGACUCUGGGGUUCGAUUGGCUGGGGAACGUUUUCCCUGUUGGCCGGAUUUCUGGUGGAUCACUUCUCGAACGGUAAAGCUAGCAAAGACUACACAGUUGUGUUUUAUAUGACUGUGAUCAUUAUUGGAGUGGACAUACUUGUUUCAUCAAAGUUGAAGCACACUCAAACAAGACUGUCGACAAACAUUCUGCGAGAUGUUAGUCAAAUUUUCGCCUCAUUCAAAAUAGUGAUAUUUUUUUGCUGGUGCGUGUUAGUUGGUCUUGGAACCGCCCUUAUCUGGAACUUUUUGUUUUGGCAUUUGGAGGAUUUGGCCAGUCUGCAGGAAGGAUGUGGUCAUGCGACAUGGAUUAAAACUCUCGAAGGGAUCGUUAUGUCGAUUCAGUGUUUCGGUGGGGAGCUGCCUUUCUUUUUCCUCUCCGGGUGGAUUCUUAAGAAAAUAGGACACAUUCAUGCGAUGAGUUUGGUUCUGCUGGGUUUCGGUGUACGGUUUUUGCUGUAUUCAUUAUUAGUCGAUCCUUGGUGGGUUAUUCCUAUCGAGUUCAUGAAUGGAAUCACAUUCGGAUUGUUCUACGCCACAAUGGCUUCGUAUGCUAGCAUUGUUGCACCACCUGGUACAGAAGCUACCAUGCAGGGUUUGGUCGGUGCGGUAUUUGAAGGGGUUGGAGUUUCGCUAGGCAGUUUGCUGGCCGGGAAUCUUUUCUUCAAAAUUGGCGGCAGCAAAACGUUCCGGUGGUUUGGAACUGGUGCUCUGAUUCUUUUCGUUGUGCACGUUGUCAUCCAGUUUGUGAUGGAUAAGCUGGGAUCCAGGGGUAAGAAAGUUGACGAAAAAAUUGCAAACGAUUCCAUGUUGAACCGACCCAUAACGAACGGUACCACCAAUAACGAUAUCGAAGUUGACUGUAUCAUUAGCAAAGAUGAUUCCAUUUUGUCCCAGGCAACAGUACAGGAGGUACUCGACAGUCCAAAAAGUGAAGACAUUGAGGGUAAACCCAAGAGUGAUUUCUGAAACGUCGACUAACACAAACUUGUGUUUUACAUGAUAAAAUGUAUUUAUCUGAUAUAGUGUAUUGGAUAAAACUUUGUUUUUUAGACCGUAAUUCCACUGUAUGUCGACUGAAAUAUGGUACAAUAGAAUCCGUUCAACGUAGCUACAUUAAGUAUCUAGCUAUUUAGUUUCUGUUACAUUUAUCUAUAAUCUUCGACAAUUAAACCCUAAAAUUAUUUAGGGAGAUAUUCUGGGCUGGAAUUACAAAUAAAAGCGUAAAAAUAGCAUAACGAUAAAGACUUAAAUUUCGCUUCUGUCGACAUUUUGCUUGCUUUCAAAUCCGAUUACAACUACUGUGCGACACUUUAGUUCAAUUGUUGGAAGUACACUGAUCACACUAUUAUGGGUCAGCUAGUCACGAUUGUUAGUAAUUCUGUUCUGCCUUCAAUUUAAAUGCAAUUGACCCAUAAUAAUGUGAUCACUGUACAUCUCUACAUAAUUGUAAAAAAACGCCAAUUGACCUCUUCU